AUGUCACGCAACAUGGAAGUAAAUGAGAAUAGAGUCAGAUGUUUGCAACAAUGGGUAGAGCACAUUAUUCCGUCCAGCAGUGAUAAAAAUGUUCGGGAGUGGCAGACGCUUCUUCAGCUUAUCGAUCUGUGCAAGGAUUCAAGUAUGAGCACUGUUAUCAACAAUGAAGAUAUACCCGAAACGGUUCACAAUAUUUUGUCGGAUUUCUUUUCUGUUGAUUUUAACUCUAUUUUCCCAACAAAUGCCGAUGAUAACCGUGGACCUACUUACCGAUACUAUUGUUUUUUGCUACUGGUUUUGACCAUGGGUCUGCGCUUGAAGUCCAAAUUAUUUAUGAGUGCAGCAUUCAAGCUUCCUAGCACAAUGCAUUAUCAUAUUGUUGAAAUGACUCAACCUCUUAUUGAAGAUUGCCCCAUCUCGAUGACUUCUUUUGAAGCGUUAAGCUUAGAUUUAGAAAACCACCCGCUGACACCCAUUCACCAGAGCAGGAAUAUAAAGGCUCCUUUGACUUGUCCUGUCAUUUCAAAAGUACCAAUGUUACCGUUUGGACACAAAGAAUUAAAUGUAACUGGUCCUGACCUUACUUUUGAUGAUACACAUUCUGGGAAUGAACUUUCUUACAGAUGUACUGGUCACUCCUUAUACUCAUCUCCACAAACCUUUUUUGAAUCGCUUCAUGUUCGCAAAGGAAAAAGCUGUAUCACAAAAUCUGGGUUUGGAAAUGAUUUCGAGUCAGAAAUAGACUCUCCUCUGUUUUCAUUAAAAUCAAUUCUAGAGUCACCACAAGUUGUUCCUAAGGGCCAACUUUUAUCUAAAUUGGAUGAAAUUCGAUCCUUGUCUUCUAAGCUAUCUGAGGUCCAGCAUUUAUAUGAAGAAAACAUGUGUGAACUUAGUCGCUUGAGUUCCGAGUUGCAAGCUUCAGAAAUGAAGAGAAAAGAAACAGAGAUUCGCUUAAAGCGACGUGAAUCAGAGUUAAACGAAGUGCGUGAUGAAUUGGCUUAUGAAAUAGAAAUGCGUUCAUUUCACGAACAACGAUCUAAUCUUGUUGAUCAUCUACAGGAAAGUCUGAAUGAUGCUUUGGAAAAAUUAAAGGUAGUUAAUCGAUUGGACAAGGAAAACCAGGAGCUUCUCAAAGAAAACCGUAACUUGAAAACUAAAGAAAAAGAAUUGGAAAGUAUUCGUUCGCGUUUGUCAUCUCAACAAGAACUUGAACACCAACUUACUCAAAUGAAAGUUGUUGCUCGGCUUGCAGAUAGUGAGAUACAUGAACUAUUGUGCCAUCGCGAACGACUUCUAGCUAGAUCCGAAGCGGAAUGCGUAGCACAGGCGAACUCUUUGAUUCGUAACCAGGGUCCUACUUCGGAAACAAUAACUUCUCUGUGUGAUAACAGGUGUUAUUCUUGUGAGAAUUGUCCUCAACCUGCACAUACAUUUCAUUCAAGCUUUGGUAAAGAAUUGCAAUUUUCUAGUGCAGAUGUUUCAAAUGCAGGUUCUGCUGAGAGUUUAGCUUCUGUGGUGAUGAUAAAUAAUCAGCUUCAAGAUCUUGAGUCAGCUGUUGUUAAGGCACGAACAGACUACCAAAUUAUGAGAAAGAAAUACAUUGUACAACGCUUCAAUUCAUUGUUCGGAAAAGUCCUUGCAAAACACCGAGGCAGUAUGAUUAACACCUUUCAAUAUUCAUGUGAGGUUUUGACAAAAGAACUUGAUAAUCUCAAAUCAGUCAUGCAUACUAGAUUCGAAAAACUAUGUGAAAAAAUUCUGAUUUCAGAAGCAAAGUUGACUCAAACCAAUAAAGAAAUUACAGAGAUAAAAGUUAAGCAGAUAAAAGUGAUCACUGAAUUAUGUGCUCAGAAAAAACAGCUUUCUAUUGAAAUGGAUAAAAUCCGAUUAGAAUCUGAGAUUGGCUUUCAUGAAUGGGAAAACAAAGUGAACUUACUUAAGACCGAAAAUUAUGAAUUGAAUGCCAAGAUUGCAUCUAUUCAUUCUUGUUUUGGAGGCGGUCAUGUAAAGAUUGAUGAAGAACUAAAGAAAAUGAAAGAGGCUGAUGUGGAAGUAUCUAAAUUAAAGUCAAAAGUCGUUGAGGUUGAAGACAAAUAUGAUAAGUUAAUAAUUUUAAAUAAGGAUUUACGUGCUGAGCUUAAUGAUCAAAUUGAUGCCAACAAAGCGUUUAGAGCGUCUGCUGAAGAAGAGGUAAACCGCCUGAAAGAUAGUUUGGCAAAUUGUGCUUCCAAUUAUAAAUCAAUUAUCAACAAUAUGUCGGAGGAACAUUGUCGUGAGAAAGACCAAAUUAUAUCAAACAUGAAGCAUGCUGUACAAGAAACUGCCAAAUUGAAAAUCUUACUAAAUAAUAUUAAAACUGAGCUAAUCGACGAAAAAGAAAAGGUUUCUCAGGUUUCAGCCCUGUCUGAUAGAUUUAAAAGUGAAGUAGCCGAUCUACGCUGCAAUCUCUCUAAAACAAGGGAACACUUAUUAGAAGUUGAAGAAAGCUUAAAAGUCAAAAAUGACGUAGUUUUAUCUCUGCAAUCAACAAACAACCAGUUAGAGGACAAGCUGUCACUGACUGAAACUUCUUAUAAGCUGAAGGAAAAAGAGGUUUGUAGGUUGGUGUCUCAAAUAAUAGAAUUAGAAUCUGAAAAUAAACGAAGUUCUGAGAAAAUCAAUGAGCUUGAAAACUUAGCUAAGUCAUCCAGUCAUAUCCAACUAGAUCUGGAGCAUCAUUUAGAAACCCUGCGAAGUCAACUUAACGAAAUGGAAAGUGGAUGGUUGUCUACGCGUGCGCAGCUGGCUGAAACAAGGCAACAAUUAAUUAAGACAGAAGAGCUACUUCACGAUACGAGGUUGCGUCUUUUACGAGCGAACUAUGAGAAAGCGGAAGUUUUAGAACGCUUAACACUAACCAAACCAAAAAAUGGAAGAACCCAGUCAACAUUAGAUCUCACCUCUGAUAUGUCAUCUACAACAUAUAAUAAUGUAAGUACUGGAAUCAAGCUAGUUCAUUCGGAAUCAGCAUCAGGAGAUUUUUCUUGUAAAAAUAAGCUUUCCAGUGUAGAAAUUCAAAAUGAUCUCAGUAAAAUUGAUCACAUCGGCACAGCCAGUAAGCCAGCUGGAAAAUCUUUUUCAGACAUUGCUGUUCAAAAGUGUGAUCCACGUUCACAUCAUAUAUGUUUAAAUCAUUCAUCUGGUGAUAUGAAAGAAUGGCCUCCAUAUUCAUCCAUUACUGCUCCAGUUAGUCCUGGUGGAUUAAAAAAAGAAAAUCAUAAAGCAUUGUCUGGUACGUCUAUACCAUUUCAUAGUUGUCGCUUUGGGCGUCUGAUUAUUUCACCUGAUGGAGAUGAAGCAAAAGAACUAAGGUCAAUCACUUAUCAAAUGACACACAAACUUUACUCAGCUCCAUCGAAGACAGAAAACGAGAACCAGUUAGUUGAAAUGGAGCUGAAUACGCCCGCUACAAGCAUAUCAACUGAACAUGAAAAACAACAUAAUUCAGAAUCGGUCUCACUGGGUUUACCAUAUAUAUCUGAAACUCCUGCGUAUAUGUUGAGCAUGGCCAAUCUUUCUCGAAGUUGCAGUGCUUAUGAGAUUGCUACAGUUCCACUUAAACUUUCGUGCAAAAGUGAUCUAUCUCUAUCUACCAAAAACACAUUGUCGUCAACAUCGAAUUGUUCAUUUCCUAUGAAUAAUGACAAACCGAAGUUUAAGUAUGGUAAGUGGGUUCCCAAAAAACUUCACAAACGUUCGAAACAUGGAGUUUCGCAAGAUCUAAAGAUUAAAGUUGGUCGAUUCUUAGAGCCUUAUCCGCCAAGUUCUGAUGUUCAGAGAAAUAAGGAAUUAAAAGAAAAUAAUUCUGCUAACAAGUCGACGUGGCAUAGAGUAUGGUCAAAAAACAAGUAG